AUGCUUCCUUCAUCAUCUUCAUCUUCGACAGCCAAGUCGAAUUAUUCGGAAUCAUCAUACUCGAUUACCUUUCCUGAGAAUGUUUUUAAAGUAGAAACAAUUACUUGGAGUGUAAAGGAGAAUCAAUGCAUUCUUGCAUAUGAACCUUUGGGAAGAUUGGUUUUUACUUCAACUCAAGGAAUGAAGGAAGCCUUGACAAUUGUUAGCGAUCGAUCAGGUUGUGUACAAAAACUUCUCAAACUAAAUUCCAAUCUGGAGCAAAGUAGACUAUUAUUGACAAUUAAAUGUUGUGAUCACAGUGAAACAAUGCUAGGUUUAUGUCUCUUGUGUUCUGGAGAUUGCUCAUCAGCAACUAUGACAAAAAAGUUAUCUGGAGCACUUACUAAAUUUUCAUAUGAAAGAGGAGCUGUAUUCAAUUUACCAAUUCCUGAAUUUGAAAGUGUACAAGAAGUGCAAACUUCUGCCAAAUCACACAUUGCACUUUUACACAAUGUAGGAUACACUAUUGCCUAUGAAAAAGGAUUGGAAAGAGGAAAGGCCAACCAACAAAGAUUAAUUGAAAAGAAGAAGCUUUCACUUGUUUUGGAUUUGGAUCAUACUCUAUUACAUACAAUUAACGAUUUUGAAUAUAGGAGAGAGCACCACAAGGUGACCUAUUUUAACGAUAUUUACAAUAAUUCACCAGAACUUCAAAAACAUAUUCACAAAUUUUUCAUGAGAGGAUCGUACCAUUUUGUAAAGUUUAGACCUAGAUUGGAGAGUUUCUUGAAGAGAUGUUCAGAAAUAUUUGAAUUACACGUAUUUACACAUGGUGAAAGAGCCUAUGCCGAUCAAAUUGGAAAAAUGUUAGAUAGUUCAAAAUCAUUAUUUGCUGACAGAAUUUUAUCGAGAGAUGAGUGUCCAGAUAUUAACACCAAGACACUCAGCCAAGUUUUUCCUUACAGUGAUAAAUCAGUACUAGUUAUUGAUGACAAGACAGAUGUUUGGAAGGAUAAUGUGGACAAUGUGAUUCAAAUAGCUCCGUACGACUAUUUUAGACGUAUAUUCGGUGUUCAACUAGAUGUAAAUAAUGCACCAGGUAAUGAUGCUGAUAGAAAGAAAAAUAACUCUCAACAAACUCCAAGAACAUUUAAAGUUAUUGAGAAUACUAUAGAUGAUUACAAUGAUGACGAUCAAUUGGAUAUCAUCUAUAACCUUUUAGAAAAGGUUCACCUGGAUUACUUCAACUCUCCACAGGAUUUAUCUGAGAGAGACGUCAAGGCAAUCCUUAAAGAAAAAAAGAAGGAUAUUCUCAAAGGGGCUCAUAUUGUUUUCAGUGGAGUCAUUCCUUUGAAACAACAACCAGAAACCCAUAUUGAUUGGAAAAUUGCUACAGAUCUAGGUGCCAAGUGCUAUACAGAUAUCACUCCCAAUAUGACUCACUUGGUGGCAAGGCAAAAAGGUACAGAAAAGGUUAAAAAAGCUGAAAAUAUGCCUGGUGUACAUGUUGUAGAUUUAUCGUGGUUACAUGCAUGUUUAAAGUAUUUGAAAAGGCAAAAUGAGUUUGACUAUUUUUUGGGUGAUCACAAAUUAUACCCAUACAGUGAAGCAUUUUCUAAAUCAAAACCAGAGAUUGUACAAUUUCAAACAGCCUGCUCUGAAUUUAUGACUUUGAUUCAGAAAGAGUCAGCAUUUCUGAGAGGCUUAAAGGCCAAAGAGGUUGAAAUGGAUUUGGGGAGUGAUUCUGAUGGUUCGUCUUCCUCAGAUAGUGAUGAUUCUGGAAGCGAUAUGGAUUUUUAA